AAUCAGAUGCCGGAUCCGCAGCAGUGCCCGGCCGGGCCCGGCAGCGCCCUUACGCCGCCGCCGCCUUGGCCGGCAGCUUCUGAGGCGGGCGCGCCGUGACAGACGGACGGGAGGGACCGUCGCCGGGGGCACCGUCAACCCCCCCCCCACGAAGAUGAACAUAAUGGACUUCAAUGUAAAGAAGCUGGCGGCCGACGCCGGCACGUUCCUCAGCCGCGCCGUGCAGGUAACGGAGAGGCGAAGGGCGACUAGAGCUGGCCUGGCUUCGCCUCAGCGGCGAGGAGGACGAGGAGGGCGGCGGCUCCUCCGACCUGGCCCCCCUCCUCCUCCUCCCCGGGCGCCGUUGAAACCGUUGGUUGCGCGCGCCGCCCUUAUUUGUUUAUUCAAAGGCAGAGCUCGAGGGGGGCCCACACACACACACACCCCUCCGCUAAGUGGGGCCUGGCCGGGCCUUGUCACGGCUUGGCAGCCUGGUGGCGCCUCGUCCUCUCUCUCUCUAUCUCUCCACACCCCCGCGCACGUCUAAGCCGCCGCCCAUCCGUUGUCGCCUUUCUGCGGGGCUGGAAGCCGAGAGUCGCCCUCCCUCCUUGGCUGGCCUUUGAGAGGCCUCAGGCCGGCUGUCUUCUCGGCGCCCGCGGCGGUGGGUGGGACGGGCCUGACCGCCUGUUACCGGCCUCAGGGGCUUACGCAAGACCUCCCCCUCUCCUGGGUGUGGGUCUCUCUCUCUCUAUUCCCCACCGCCGCCGCCCACUCCCUUCCCCUGGCCGGCUGUGCUAAGCCAACGGGGAAACGGGGCCUGCUCGAAAUUUUGGGCAUGGCCAGUGUUGCCUGUAGGCGAAGACUCGCAGCGGCCUAGUUUUUAGUGUUUGGCGUUUUAUUACGUUUCUAUAUGUGUUGGAAGCCGCCCAGAGUGGCUGGGGAAACCCAGACAGAUAGAUGGGCGGGGGUAUUAUUAUUAUUAUUAAUUGAUGGGUGGCGUGCUUUUAAUAUUUUUAUUUAUUAGAGAGGGGUGUUAAUAAUCAUAUAAUGCUAUAACAUAAUAUAAUAAACAUAAUAAUGUUUUUUUUGUACUACAACUCCCAUCCUCCCUAGCUAGCAGGAACUGUGGUCAGGGAUGAUGGGAAUUGUAGUGCAAAAGACCCAGCUGGAGGCCCAAGUUUGGGGAAACCCUGCUCUAGGCCCUCUCAUGUGCUAUCCAUGGAAGCAGACAUAUGGGGAGCGGAGGAGGAUUGUGUCUUGUGGCCUUAAUCUCCACACCUUUACCCACAUUUCUGAAUGGUGUGGUGGGGAAUUGGGGCUUUUAAAAUGGGGUGUUGCUUCCAGCUUAGCCUUGAAUCGGGCUUCCUGUCUUACGCAAUCAUUUCUACAGAACAUCAGUGCGGUAGACCUCCCGCUACGUAUUAAGAAUUCACAACUUAAUUCCAGGGUAGUGUUUCAUAUCUGACAGGAUUUAAUUAGAAAUUACACAGUAACUACUUCCAGAAAGUGGAAAUACAUUAAUCUCCCCCUCUCUCUGUGCUGCAAAGAGUGCCAUUUCGUUGAUCUGUUAAGUUCAUUGAGCUACUCUUGCCAAAACCUUUCCACACCUCCUGUCUUCUCUUGCCCUUGGAAGCUCCUAUCAAACAUGCAAGCUGACUGGAAGUGCCAUGUUCUAAGGAAGCAUAUAGUUACCCGAUGCUGAGGACAAACUGUGCAUGUGGAAGUGGUGCUGUUGUCCUUGUGAGCUUCAGAGGCACAUUUCAGUUGGGCUAGAUGAAGACAGGUGUUUGCCCAAGACCAACCACAGAUUGAUCGGAAGACAAAGUGCUGGGUGUGUGUUGCAAACAAUAAAACUCCGCAAAUGAAUCUUCCCUUUGCUUACCCACUAAACAUUAAUUUCCUUUGCAUCAAAGAUGUAUCAGUUUUUCAUUUGCCUCUUUCCAGCUCUCUUCACUCCUCUUUUUUCCAAAUUAAAGGGUGAAUAAAGGUAUGAAGGACAGCUACUGUUCACCAGUACCUGGCAACCAGCUAUCCUGUGCCUACCACCUUUUCUCUACUAGGCUGCAGUGUAGGCAGGAGUGAACCUUGUAGACCUCCUUUUCAUCCUUGUGCCAGCUCUGUUGUAGAGUCUCUUAAGCUAGAAAGGCCCCAUGCUGAAUGGCCACCUACUUUUGAACCUUCAAAAGCAUGUUGUGAUAUGGCGGAAGAUCUUGUGACUAAAAAAGUGGGGCUGAGGUAUAGAACGUGCAAAUACUAUUUUUCAAAUCUUUGCUUUCUAGGGUUCUUCUAAAAAGUUAACACUUUAAUUAGGAAUUACUAUUUAAGCAGCGAUUGUUUCAUAGAUUAGUAAUUUUGUGCUGUUCCUCUUUUCCAUGUGAAGUUUCUGCAUCUAGCCUUCACAAGUACUGAAGAGAUGACAAGACAAACUAUCUUCUUAUUUAAAGAUCUUAUGAUGCCUGUCUUGUGAUGUUUAAUGUGAUUAACGUUUCUGUGAAAAUGUUGUUUUUAAUGUUUUUUCUCAGAUUGGCUUGAUUUCAAAUAGAUAUAUUGGUCUGAGUUAAUCUGUUUCACUGGGUUUUUAACAACUCAGACCCAUAAGUGGGUUAGAGAAAUGGGUUGUCAUAGUAAUAUUUUUAACCACAGUUAUCCACUUUCCUGUUAGCUUCCUGUCUCUUGUACAUUACUCCAUAAUUUUUGGGAGGAGUCAGUUGCAUAAUAGCUCCUAAGAACAUUGGUCAUGCAUUUUUGACAGUGGCUACACAUGCUCAGUUUCUUUUGUCAGUGCUAUUUAUAAGAUAAUCUUCCAUCUUUCUUCAAGGAGCUCAAGCUUUCUCUCAAGACAAAACUACCUUAGGGCUGUUGGGAUGAUAAAUGGGGCAAAGUAGCCCUAAGUUAAUUUUGUCUUGAGAGAAAGUGAGUGACCCAAACUCACCUAGAGAACUUCAUGACUGAGUGGUGAUUUGAACCUAGGUUUCCCAAAUCCUAGCUCAACGCUCCUGCUACAAUUGCACCAUAAUGUCAUGAAAGUUCAUCUGCCACUAGAUAAAAGCAAAUCAGGGUAGUUAACAUCAUCAAUAACAAACAAUAUAACUGUUGUUGAAGACAGCAUUAAAUAGUCAACAGCUCUGUGAAUUGUGCUGAGAAUCGUGGAAUCCUAUGGAGUUCAUAUAUUUGUGGUUCCAGUAACCCAAGUUAAUGCCUAGUGUCUCUUGAGUUCCUGAAGUUUAAGAGCAAACUUCACAUACAACACACUGCAUAGUAUAUUCUUGGAGUAACCAGAACAUGGAUAACUAUGACUAAGCUCCUUCUAUGCAAGAGGGGUCUCUGUGCAGGUGUCUCAGCUGGUGGAAGAUGUUCUAUGCUGUUCUGAUUCAGCUUUGUUUCCAAAGGUCUAUGAGCAAUCCCAAACUGUAAAACUUGUUCUUUAGGGGGAGAGCAAUCCGAUUCACAGCAACUUGAAUGCUACCUCUCUGGAGAGAUGAGCUACCUUACAUCUGUCUUGUCAGGAUCGAGUUUCUCUGUGACCCUCAUCCAGUCCAUUACUGAUGCUAAGUAAUAAUUCAAUAUUUCCACUGAAGCUGGGACCAAUGCAGUAUGCAGCACAGCUAACCAGCAGCUCUUCUAGUAUUAGCUAGUCAAUAAUAGAUUUAGAAGAAAGUUGGAAGGUUUUUGUGUGGCCCUUCAUCAAUAUACUCCUUUUAAAAUUAAAACAGAUGAAGUUAUUUAAUAUGGUAUCAAAUAUGCCAUAUGGUAGAUGAUACAAUGCAGCCUUGUAGAUAAAAGCAGGCAUCAUAGCACUAUUCCAGGUUUCCUCUGCCUGGGAUAUGGAAGUGCAGAAAUCUGGAGGAAGUUUUAACAUGGAAGUGGUGUGGCCUGGGGCAGUUGCUGCUUGCCCCAGUAAGUGACCAAAGUGUAAAUUCUAUUGACACUUCUUCAUUUGUAUUUGGAACCCUUUUAAUUCUGUAUUCUUUUAAUAAGACCACAUUUAUGCACUUGACCUCUAUGUAAAGUUUUGUGUUUAAGAUUUGACUGAAAAUAUUAUUCUUUGUCUUAUUUCAAGUGUUGCAUUCCUCCUUUUUGAAGUACUAGAUAGACAUCAAGCCAGUUGUUAGCUUCAUUUUCAUAGCAGUUUGAAGGAAUAAAAUAGGGAAAUUUCUCUUUCUUGGAUUAUAUUUCUGUUAUGACUUUUUUGUGUAUUGAUACUAACAAAAGUUGUAUUUCUGGACUGUAACAUGUAAGGUGAUUUGUUUGUUUGUUUGUUUGUUUAACCAAUGUAGUUUACAGAAGAAAAACUUGGGCAAGCAGAGAAGACUGAAUUGGAUGCUCACUUAGAAAAUCUUCUGUGCAAAGCAGAAUGUACUAAGCAAUGGACAGAAAAGGUUAUGAAACAGACAGAAGUGUUGUUACAACCCAAUCCAAGUAAGAAAAGCAUGUUUUUAUUUUGCUCUUGAUGUUUGCCAGGUAACACUUUGUGCAUGCUACAUAGGACAGCCUUGUAUUUAGCCAACUCAUUUGGUUUCUGCGCUAGCUGUGGAAGAAGACAAGACCCUUCUACUGUAGGUAGCAAAAACAUGCAGUGGGCUGGAGUAAUGUCUCUCAGCCAGUUUGCUUGGCAGAAAACAUCUUUUUCAACUUGCUAAGGUGUUACUGCAAGCCUCUUAAUAGACGUGUGUGUGUGUGUGUGUGUGUGUGUGUGUGUGUGUAUAUAUAUAUAUAUAUAUAUAUAUAUAUAUAUAUACAUAUACACACUGUAAGUUGGUUACUUUUGGGGCCUAUUUACAAGACUGACAGCACAAUCUGCUGAGUGGAGCACAGGUAGACCUUUUCUGUUGUUGACUAUGAAGAGGCUUGUAUUUGUAAACCUUAUCUUUUGUGCUGAGCUAUGAAGCCUGGCUUCAUGGAAAGCCUAUUGGUUCAGAGUCUUGCUGCUGCUUCAGUAACUGCAAAAUGAUCGGUAGCUUUAUGACUUAAGAAAGUAAGUGUUUUGUUCUCAAAGACAGCUCUGUAGGAUGAUCUACCUCAGAACAAGUGGCUCUGUUCAGCUCUGACUUCCCAUUUCAAUCUGAAAACAAAAUACAAUUUAUUGCAAACCGAAAAGUAAAAUAAUGAUGAUGAUGGGGUACCUAUUUGAACAUCACUCCAGCUUUUACUUCACCCUAGCUAGUGUUGGGACAUAUAUGUGUGCAGAGGGAGAAAUUUGAACCUUGAUAAAGCGGUAACUAGUUUAGUGCAAUAAAACCAGUUUCCAGUCUGGAGCUAAUUCUCCACAUAUUCUUUACAAAGAUUUAAACAGUAUAUUGAAUGAAUGUUGCUGGUUAUACUUUAAAUAUAAAUCCCUAGCUUUUUAAGAAAAAAUGGGUAUAAAGUUGAAUAUUAAUUAUUUUUUUAAAAAAUAGAAACAAUAUUCCAUUAAGAUACAAUAACAUCUGAAAGGAAAAUAUCCUAGAAUCAAAUACCAUCAAUUGUUGUUGGCAUCCAUCUGUUUCAAAAGACAAUGGAGUGUGCCUCUGGGGUGAAGUCAAACCACUGGAGUAUCACAGCACCCACUGUGGCUGCAGAGACCGAUAACUUGUCAUACUAUCUUAUCCUGACUUCAAUAUUCUCAUUGGCAUUUGUUUUGUUUUCAAGCUUUGCUUUUGAACUUUGGUCUUUUGAGGCUCAUCCUAAUAUGCUCAGUAAAUGAUUACAUGCUGGAAACUGUGUGGAAUGCUUAAUAAACAACAACCCAGCAUCUGGUAUCUUUUUUCCAGCCUUAAUAACAAAAAAUGCCUACUACCUUCUCUGUAGUUCAUGUUUAAGGUUGAGAAAUUACUUUCUAGGCCUACAGCUUUGAAAGAAUGGGUUAGAAACUUAAUUAUAUAAGGUUGAUAUGCAGUCAUAGGCUAGGUGACCUUAUUGUAUAUUGAAUCUUUUCCUUGAGUCUGUGUGUGCGUUGAAGUUUCAGUCUUCUAAUACUAGAAGACGGUUCAUGGAAGAGGGGUGAGAGGGUGUUCACUUGUUGCUCACUAAAUUUUUUGUUUGUAUUAUUAUUUAUUAAAUUUAUAGUCGUGACUAUUGAGGGCAUGUGUUUGUUAGUGGAGUAGAUCCACAUUAAGAAAAUUCAGCAAUCUUACAGUUUAUUACUGCUGGUCUAUGUUUUGUAUUCCCUCGGGCUGUUGGGGAAUAUCUUUUCAGGAAAUGUAUAGGGGUGAGGGAUUUUUUUUAAGCAGCUACUUUGUUAAUUAACAUAAUUCUGAAAUGCUGAUUGAACAGAAAUUGAUAUUUAGUCUUCAGUGUAUUUGGCUAUCUCUCAGAACUAUAUAAAGCUGCUGAUUUUCUUAAAAAGGAGCUUCACACUUCAGACAGCCCAUCUGUUUGGAAAUGUGAGGCUGUAAUAUGUCUCUUGAGUAUUUGUAUACUUAAAUAGAUUUUCACAUUUGCAAGUCAUAAAAAGGAUGUUGGGUAUUUUUUCUUCUUCAAAAAAGCUGUCAUCAAGCAUCAGCACUUAACAGCAUUAUGAGAGAUUUCAAAUAAAUGCUUUUUACAUUGGCCAGUAACUUACAAUUGGUUGUGUUAUCUUUUGCUAGAUGCUAGAAUGGAAGAGUUUGUCUAUGAAAAACUAGACCGCAAAGCUCCAAGUCGUAUGAAUAACCCAGAAAUACUGGGCCAGCACAUGAUUGAUGCUGGGAAUGAGUUUGGUCCUGGAACAGCAUAUGGUAAGUAACAACUAUUUCAUAUCACUUGAGCAUCCUGGACUAAGAAUUGUUGGUGUGGUAGCAACUUGUGCUGAUUGCACUGAGGAGUCAGUGUAUACAGGAUUGCAGUGGCAUUUAAUUGGGAAUAUGUAGAAGAUGGCAGUCUUGUAUUAGAAACUAGGGGUGAGUGGUGCUUCUGUAAGGAUGGUUUGUAAGCUUAUUCUGAAGCUGUACGUGGACCAGGUUUGAGAACUUGAAACUGACUUGAAAAGCAAAAUGCAAUAUCAAAAGUAAAACUUAGAGCAUGCUAUAAAACAAUGCAAAUAUAAAACACCCUUAGUGACAUCGUGAAAAGUCACUAUGUCAACAUUUCGUGCUUUACGUUUCUGUAAUUGUAGGUGGGUGGCUAUGUUAACUCAUACUGGAACGACUUUUCUGUUGCAGGAAAUGCUCUCAUUAAAUGUGGAGAAACACAAAGACGAAUUGGAGCAGCAGACAGAGAACUAAUUCAGACAUCUGCAAUAAACUUCCUCACACCUCUGCGAAAUUUUAUAGAAGGCGAUUAUAAAACAAUUACUGUAAGUUGUGAAUACGGUUCCUUAACUUUAAAGAAGUAGUUCCAAAUACAUAAAGAAGUAUCAAUUUGAUUUUGUGUCAUUAAGCAUUAUUCUUGAGGGAUUCCUACUACAAAAAAGUGACCUAGAGGACUUUAACCAUUAUAUAACAGAGAGAGAUCAGGAAGGGCCAAGUGGCUUAUGUUCUCUAUUUUCUCUAAAGUGAAUGUUUUGCAUGUACUCACAUGCAAUUUUCUUCAACUUUUGCAGAGGGAACGCAAAUUAUUACAAAAUAAAAGACUAGACUUGGAUGCUGCCAAAACAAGACUGAAAAAGGCUAAAUUAGCAGAAGCUCGAGCUGCAGUAAGUAAAAUUUAUCUCCAAAAAGGUUUAGAAUAUUGUUGACUUGUUACGUGGUGUUCAUGGUUCAACAUGUGUCCCUUAAAUCUUGUAUUAACCAAGUGUCAAUAAAUAUAGAUAUAUAAACAGGGUUAACCAGAAGUUCUUUCUGUCUCUCUUUCUCUGGCUGUGAACAGACUAGGAGCAGAUCUCUGUUUGGUCUGCAGUGAGAUUUUGUAAAGGGAAGCCUUGCCACUCUGUGUCCCCUAUCUUUCCCACUCCAUACACCAUUCAACAUUGGGUUGAAAUCGAAAUGGUUUCACAAAGGGUAUUUCGAUACCUAGGAACUUGGAUUGCUUUAGGAAAGAUCUCAUAAAUUACAGUUCCCCGGCACAUCUUCAAGUAAGAUUAGGGAAGGAUACUAACUCUCUAUUGACUGCAACUCCAAGGUGCUUAUCAGUGGGGAAGACACCUGACUACAACAAUGGUAUACCAAACUUACAUUUCAACUGAUCACGGAUACUACAGCUAUGCUACAUAUAAUAUACUUAAAUAGAUAUGUAUACAUUAGCUUUGGAAAGGAAGUCUCAAAGUUGUGUGCCUGUGUUCAUAAUUUGUAGCUCAUUGGCCACCUGAAUGAAGAAAAAUCCUGAGUUUGUAAAAGUAUCUACCUGGUCACCUUGAAGCUCAUUUUAUUGACAUAGGAAGCCAGAUAAGGGACAACAGGAAAGCUGUGAUAGGUAUUGAACCCAGAAAGUAGGACUAGUAUUCUACAAGUUUCCAUUGACUACUUUAGAAGGCUAUUCUCCAGGUAUUUAAUAUAGUAUGUUAGGUUAGACCUUGUGUUUUCAAUUUUUUUCAGACAUUAAUGUGAUUAGUAAUAUAAUGGAGGCCACAUCUUCUAUUCUUGUUCUCUGGCCUAAUUGAUUUGGUGAGCAAUAGUGAGUAUAUGAAGCAUCUUAAGGCUUUUAAACCUAUUUCAAAUAGUACUUGCUUCCACAUAUGGAAAUGAUACUGGAAAAGAAUACAUGAAGCAUAAUGGUUUUGCUGUUUAUUGUUUGCUUUUUUGUGUCUUACGUCUCUGACAUUGCAGUAGCACUUAAUGAUCAACAAUUUACCUUCUUUCAUAAAAUAACAUAAUUUUGUUUUUAUGCACUUUAAGCAACUAAACCUGUCUCCACCUGAAGAAAAUAACAUUAUGGUAAAUGUUUCAUACAUGCUCAACUUGGUGCAUGUAAAAUGGCUACAGGUUUGUUGGCCUCUUGUCUUCAUAACAUUUCUUCAAGUGUUUUCUCUUGCUUUCUGUUGAUAUGUACUGCCCAUCCAGAUUCCUUGAAUGAGAGAUUACAGCAGAUCAACAUAUUUACAUCAAGUUAACAGGUUUAUAUAAUACCUUAUUGACUUCAACACUUCUUCUGUGUACAGUCUUUGGGAAAUAAAAUAAUAUGUCAAACUAAAUGUUGACUAAAACAGCAGACUAAAUUAUUUUACUACUUGGGUAUGCUGUUCUUUCAAUGAUAUAUGAGGCUUUAGCAAAUUUUCCAGUUACGUGGUGCUUAUUUCUAAACAUAAGAUCCAAAAGAGAUCUUAUUCCCAUCUCCAGCUUAGCUUGUUAUGUGGGUUAUCUAGUACAUUUCUUUCUGCAGAGUAUGCUUUUUGUCUUAAUAUGUCUGAAGCAUGUCACUCUUAAAAUCAGAGGGAUAUUUGCCUAGAUAUAUAUAUUUCUAAGCCUAAUGAAAACGCUAAGUAAAAUACUUUUGUAUGGACUCAAGUUGUACUUGACUCUAUUAUUGCCUUAAAUGAUUCACAAGGAAAUAUGUUCAUUGUUUACUAUUUGAAUGCCAACUUCCUUCCUCAGAAUCCCCCUCUUCAUUAACUGCAACUUUUCCUGUAAUGUCUGAAAAAAGAGAAGUUGCUCAUUGUACUGAAAUUUCAUCAACAAACAGAUAAUCCAGCGUAAAUGAAAUAUGGAGUAAGAACUUCUGAGUUGUAUUUGGAACUUUCCUCCAAUUCAGCUUCAAGAAACACUGGGAACUGUAAUUUAAGGAUGUUGGAAAUUGCAGCUCUGUGAGCGGUAAGCUACAGUUCCCAGGAUUCUUUGGGGUUAGCAGUGUUUUAAAUGUAUCAUGAGUGCUCAGCCAAAGGCUGUCUACAGUGAAGACUAUAUUAGUGGAAAAAUGGGAUAGAAGUGUUCUAUAACCAUUCAAAUGACCUAAAGGUCUAAAUUAUUGAUUUGAUCUGAUAAAGACAGGCUUGGAUGGCAAGAGAAAUCACUGGUGUUUCCUCUAUCAUUGUAUUAGCUUGUUGUUGUGAUAGACUUUGCUUGUGUAGGGCACCUUUUCAUAAAGAUCAUCCAUGCAUUCGUUCAUAAUUCAGGCAAAUUGUACCUUAGACUGUGGUCUUCGUUUGCUUUGGAAGUAAUAUGUUUUAGCUGGUUUCUUUUAAAACUAUUCUACUUAUUUCACACAAUGGGUUGGAUCUUGAGAUCUUGUGGGCAGAGUUCUGCUCACAGAAUGAGGUGGGGAGAGGUAGUGUUCUUAGCCUAGAUCUACCCUACCCAUGUGCUCUAGAGGAACAAUAGGAGGAGGAGCUGCAGGGAAAAGGGAGAAUCAGGGUUGGGUGAGUUCCUUUCCAUGAACAGGAACCUCCUUUCUGCGGACAGAAUUGCCCAUUCCAUCCAUAGAAGGGGUACUCUGCAUCUUAGUACUUAAGGGUACUGUAGUAAGAAACUUUGUAUCUAGCAGGCAGCUGCUUUCAGCUGAAGACUAUGUGGAGGGUAGAAUAUGCUUCAUCCCCCAUUCUGGUUAUAGCUAGCUUCUUCUGAGAAUAGCUAGGAAUAAAGAUGUUACAAAAAGUCUUCAGCUCACCAGCCAGUUUCCUCUGCUGCUAAAGUCUUCUCUAAUGCACUGUUCUUGUCGUUAAAUAUAAUGGAAUUAGAUAAUAAAUUUGGAAAAUAGGUAUGCACACCUAAAAUACAGUAUUACAUUGGUAAUACCUGUGUGAGCCAUAAUAAAAUUCACUAGUUAGAACCUUAACUAGUAUACAAGCAAAGAUGCAGCUCUGUUUGUUAUCAAGCACAUUACAAACACUGUAGGUAAAGUGAAUAAGGAAAUCAAUACAGGAAAGAUGUGAAAGAACACUGAGUGCAAGUUCACCAGACAAAUUCUUCAUACUGUUGUUUCUCCACUUCUUUAUGCAUACAAGGUUUGGGCAGAGGAAGUAACAAAAGUAAGUAAUCUAACUGAAGCUGUUGGUUAUGAAAUACCAUAAUGUUGAGAUCUGAUUCAGCAUGGAUCUUGUCCCUGAUAUCAAAGGGUUAGUAUUGAUUAUAUGCAAUUUGAAGUGGCAAUGGCAAAAUGAUCCACAUAACAUGUGGGAAAUAAAUCUACCAGAAAAGAGGGGUGAGUGUUUAUGAUGAUGUUAAAACAUGUUUUUCCCCCCUUCUGAAUAUGACAAGAACUUUAAUAACACAUGUUAAUUCUCUGAUCCUCAGUCCAGGCUACUACCCAUCUGACAUGCCUGAAACUAGUAGCUCAACACAGUUUCUCAUUAGAGCAAUCAAUGUUCCCAUUCUGUUUAUAGAAACAUAUGAAACUGUAAAAUAUUAAACAUCCCACCAUGUUUGCAACCAAAUCCUAUGAAUCUUCUUCAUAACUUGUUUUCUUACUUAACUUGCAUUGCCCUAUUUUUUGUUGUUGUUUAGAAAGGUGCAUUUUAGGGCCAAGUCUCAAAUGUCGCUGCUUAAGACUACUUAAUGUUCACAUGAAUACUUAUUAUUUAACUCAAUAGCUGCAUUACUACUCAGUAUUUACUAUUUACCUUAUGUUUUCCCAUUCUCUAAAGAGCUUUGAAACUAUAAUUACUCAGAAUAUUGCCUGGUUUUUUAUUCUGCAGUCAGAAUAAACAACAUACAUGGAAGAAACAAGUAGCAUUCAUUUCAGCUAUUAACACACAAUUAAAAUUAUGUACGGGCCUUUUCUUAUCAUGCAUUGCUGUAUUUCCCUGUAUAAUGAAAUGAAAAUGCAACUAUUACAGUCAAGUUAAAAGUAGGCUUAGUAAAAAGUACUCUGUAACCAACACAGAUAAUGCAAGGAAAUCUAGACGUCUGGCAGAAUAUGCCAUAGGAUCAUGAACAAUGGAUGUUAGAUGUUGUGGGUUUAUUCCAUACAAAUACAGUGGUACCUCAGGUUAAGUACUUAAUUCGUUCCGCAGGUCCGUACUUAACCUGAAACUGUUCUUAACCUGAAGCACCACUUUAGCUAAUGGGGCCGUGCCACCGGAGCACAAUUUCUGUUCUCAUCCUGAAGCAAAGUUCUUAACCUAAAGCACUAUUUCUGGGUUAGCGGAGUCUGUAACCUGAAGCAUAUGUAACCUGAAGCGUAUGUAACCCGAGGUACCACUGUACUGCAGGACAAGACUGAUUGAACAAUAUUUCUCCUGCUUAAAGGAGGCUCUCCAGGAUAAUCUUUGAAGCUGGAACAGUUGGCUAGCCCUUCAUGUUAGUAAGCUGUGUUUUGCCUUGAGCAGAGAUGGCGAGCUCUGGCAGAUGCAUUGUGCUAAUUCUUUUCAGCAUAAUAAGUGGCUUGCUUGAGGGUUUUUAAAACCACUUUCUCAGUGUCAAUUUACAAGCUUCCUAACAGGUUUUGACAUCAAGUGAGAAAUGCAAUGCUGUAGGUGUUUUGGAACGGCUGUUCAAUACCAUGAAAUAGUAGAAUAUACUGACUAUCCCCUACCACUUACUGAAAUAUAAAUUGAAUGAUGGGACUAGGUGUGACAAUGGAUUACUUGUAGGCAAAGCACUGUGGUGCAAUCCACAUUAAUUUCAAGCAAAUCUAAGUGCACAGUUAAAGCUCUUACAUUGAUUUUUAGUGGCAUUUGCUCUUAUUUUCUCCACCCUAGCAGCAUAAUUAAUUUUAUGUAUCAAAUUCUAAGUGAAAUAUAUCUUACAGUCUGAACAGGAAGUCAGAAUAGCCCAGAGUGAGUUUGACCGUCAAGCAGAAAUUACUAGACUUCUGUUGGAAGGCAUCAGCAGUACACAUGUAAGUACUAAGUAGAAGAAAAUACGCAUCUCAUAAUAGUUUGUAGAAGACUACGUAAUCUUAUACAACUAGAAAUAAUUUCUAAAAGUUGGUGUGAUACAUGUAUAAGAACUAUUGAGGAUGAGAAAAUCAAGUGAUUGUACAAGCACUAUGACAAUAUUUCAAUUACCUCUAUCCAAAGAGCACUGGAGACUCAUAGAGUUAUUUUAGUUAUGGAGGUUGAGGUAAAAGCUUCUCUCUCCUGACUAAAGGCAUCUGGCAAAAUAAACAAUAACCAAUGAAAAAUCAUGCCCUGAAGUUAGAAUCAUAGGGUUGGAACUCCCCAUGUCCAAUCUCAGUGCAGGGUCUGCUAUGCAGGUUGCAUCUAUGACAAACGCCUAUCUAAGUUCUGUCUAAAUAUCACUGACAAAGGAGACACCACCAUUUUUUGUUCUAUCAUUGAACACUACUACUAAUGUGCAGCCAAAACCUGCUUCCCUGCUAUUUUCACCAUUGCUAAUAGUUCUGCUGUCUAGAGUAGCAGACAAUAAGUUUGCAGGAUGUCCCAUCAGAUAUUUUGAAGAACACUAUCCUAUCAGUUUUUAAGGUCAGUCUCUCCCGUUUUUAUAUUUAAAAAGGUUCACGGAUAGGAUAGUUCAAGUCCAGUAUGUCAGUCUUUGGCUAUCUUCCUAAGCACUUUAUUUGAGAUAGUUACUGAAGUUAGACACUUUUGUUGGGGCAUAUUGAAAGCAACCUUUAAUAUAAACACAAUUAUCUGGAAUCACCAUGAAUUCAUGUCAAACUUGCAAUCUGACUAGAACUCUCUAAUUGUUGCAAGCUAGUUAAUGCAACACAGUAUACACAGUUCUGUACUGAUAUUUGAACUCCGCUGCAUUCCAGGCACAUCACCUUCGCUGUUUGAAUGAUUUUGUAGAAGCUCAGAUGACGUAUUAUGCACAGUGUUACCAGUAUAUGUUGGACCUUCAGAAACAGCUUGGAAGGUAAGGAAAUUAUAGUCUUCAUAGCUACUUUCCUAAAUUGCAUGUGCAGCGUUGCUAGAAGUACCUCUAAUUGAAGGGUAGCUUGGAGGACAGCUAAGUUGAUGCUGCUUCACUUCAUUGUUCUGACAGGCCAAUUUAACUCCAGAAGUUGCUACAGUGAUCAGAUAAGGAAGAGAAAUCAGUGGAAGUAAUAGUCUCUUUAAUAACCCUCCUUUGGUGACUUUUUAGACAUCUGAGGAAAUAGUCUGACAUAUCACAGUAACAGGUCAGCAGGUAUAACAUAUGGAUGGCAGAAGAGAGAGCUAUGAAUAAGUGCUGUGGGCUUGAAUUGCUCACAGGCUUGCACUGAAGUACAGCUAGGCUUGUCCUGGUGUUUUUGGAUGUACGUCAAGGUAUCUGCAGCAAGCCCAGCAAAAGAGGUAAAAUGCUUUACAGCAAAUAAAAAAUGCUGCCUACUUUCUAGGCAGAGGGAGUUCAGAACAUUUCUUGCAAUUCACAACAACUGUCCUGCUGGAUAAUUGCUUCCAUGUUAGCAAACAGUUGUCACAUUCACUAAAAGCCAGUCGCUAAUGGGCAGCUGCAUCUUGGCCUACUAAAAGAAGGCCUUGACCUGGUUCGAAAAUAUUUCUGGGAGCUUGCCAGAGAAAACAGCAGCUUACAAAGUGCACAAAGCUACUAUAUAGAUAGAGAGGGGUGUGUGUAAAAAAAUAGAGAGAAAAUCUUACUGCAGAAAGUCAUAGGUUUAAAGCAGCAGCUGAAUAUGUAAACUGUAAACUUGUAGUCACUUUCAUUUUCAGAAUAACUGCAUGAAGUCAUUCAGUGUUUAGAUAUAUCAGUUUGCCUGAUCAAAGUAUCUUAAUCCUCUUUUCCCUUAGUAGCCUAAAGCUUGGUCUUCUUUUGGAAUGUGUUUCUCUGUAGCUAAUGAUUUCUUUGCCAGAAAAGCCUUUUAGAAUUAACUGUAGUUAUUCCAGCAACAAUUUCCUGUUCUUGAAAGUGGACAGUCUUCUGCAGUUUGAAUGUGUUGUCUUAAGGAAUAUGGUAAUUAAGAAAAGAUUUUUAGUGCUUAGCAGUGUUGGAUGUUCAUGUGCUUGUGUAUCGUGAUAAGCCUUUAUGGCUUAUAUGAGCCCUCUUUUGUUAAGACAUAAACAGUUCCAAUUUUUCAAAGCUAACUUUGUAGACUUUUUAUAAUUCAAAAGAAUCAGUUGUGGGCAUGUUGCAUGUGUGCCUUCAAAUCCUUACUGCCAUUUAGAAAAAUUGAGUUGAAGAAGGUUGGUGACAAGGCAAGAUUCAGAGGGACUUCACUUUGUAUCCAGUCAUAUCAUUGUAAAUAGAAAAGCUGUUCAUUAUUGAUUCCUCUGGUUUGGUAUAAUUUCACAUCAUGGCUAGCCUGCUGAGGUACUUGAUCUAACUGCUUGUGGUCCUGGGACUGUGAAAGCAUUUCUGCAUAGAAAUUCCCUCCCUUGCACAUGCCAAUACUCUAUAAUCUCCCAGCUCCCUGUUGUCUGUUCCACUAGUGUGGAAUAUUUCUCUUCCACAACAUGUAAAAAUUAUUGUUUCAAUACAAUUUGUUUUACAGCUGGAAUAAAAUGGGUUCUUGUUGGUUUUUCCCUCUCUUGUUGGACAUUACCUUUGCCCAACUUCUUGCUCUGCUGAGCUCUACAAAGCCCCUGUUGGUUUUGUGCCCCAGGACUUCUUAAAAGAACCUACACAGUAUCUGUUUCUCUAAAGUGCAAAUAGAUCCAGGAAUGCCCUUUGAAUGCUGUUUCUUGUAACACAGUGGAGCCAUAUUAGGAUUUUCCACCAUGUAUUCUUCAUUGUUAAAGUUGAUAGGGCAGGUUCUUGAGAAUAGAUUUCUGGAAAGAUUCUGAUCAGGUCCAGUAACUUGUAAUAAAGGUAGGAUACAGGGGCACCCUUUCUUUCUGAAUCGAGAAACAAAUUAGGGAUGAUUACGUCUAAAGACCUAUCCAUUCUUAAAGAAAUCAGCCCUGAGGGCUCACUGGAAGGACAGAUCGUGAAGCUGAGGCUCCAGUACUUUGGCCACCUCAUGAGAAGAGAAGACUCCCUGGAAAAGACCCUGAUGUUGGGAAAGAUUGAGGGCACAAGGAGAAGGGGGCGACAAAGGACGAGAUGGUUGGACAGUGUUCUCAAAGCUACCAGCAUGAGUCUGACCAAACUGCGGCAGGCAGUGGAAGACAGGAGUGCCUGGCGUGCUCUGGUCCAUGGGGUCACGAAGAGUCGGACACAACUAAACGACUAAACAACAACGUCUAAAGAAGCAUAUAAGUGUACAUCUCUCUUGCAAUGUCCUUCCCACCCCCACCCCCGCCUCCAGGCAUUAUUUAUAGGCUUCCUUUGUGAGUUGUGGAUUAUGUUUGCAACUGUGCUUUGCUCACCUUGUCAUAAGAGGUUUCUGUUGGAAGAUAAGGAGAAGCCAGAGGUGGCAUUUAACUAAAAGGAAAGUAUAUGAAUUGCUAAUAGUAAGUGAUAGAUCUGGGUCAUGAAAUGCUCAUGGUAACAUUAGUAUGUACCUUUCAGUACUAUAUUAAUUUUGUGUUUCACAGCUUUCCAUCUACGUUCCUUGCCAACAAUCACCAGUCUUCGUCAAGCUGUGCUCCAAGUAGUUCCGUUACUACUACAGCUGCCUCCUCUGCCUCUGUUACAGCCUCAUUGUCCUCAAUAAGCAAUGCAGCAGCUACAUCCAGCUUGGGUGACGUGAAGUCCGCAAGCGGCAACAGAAAAGCCAGAGUUCUUUAUGAUUAUGAUGCUGCGAAUAGCAGUGAAUUAUCACUUCUUGCGGAUGAGGUACACUUUUUCUAUUGCUUAUAAAUAGAAGUAAACAAAUUUAAUGUUUUGCUAACAACAUGCAAAAGCCAAUUCUCUGGUGUUACAUCAUGCAAGGCAAUAAACAUACAUAAGUAUCCAUUUGACCAUUGCAACGUACCAGGAAUUAGUAAUGAGGAAAGAGUAGCUUCUUAGGGAAGGUUUCUGAUGUUACCAAGCAAUACACCAGGCAUAGGCAAACUCGGCCCUCCAGCUGUUUUGGGACUACAACUCCCAUCAUCCCUAGCUAACAGGACCAGUGGCCAGGGAUGAUGGGAAUUGUAGUCUCAAAACAUUUGGAGGGCCAAGUUUGCCUAUGCCUGCAGUAGUAUAUAUCGUAGGACUAUAGGAUUACUUGGAUGUUCCAGUCCCUGAUUAUCUUGCAUGUAGCUAUGCAUCAGCAAUAGAUUAACACGUUAAAUAUUCAUUUUUUGUGUAAAGCUAUUUUAUGUGCUCACCUCUUUUGGAGAUAUUGCUGGGAUUGCAAAAUCUUUCAGCCUCCUGACCUGCCUAUAUAUUUUGGAAAGUUGUUUCACUAUGCAUUUGGACCCCUCUUAGGAUAUCAUAACUAAGUUUUGCAUGAUGGUUCCUGAGAUCAAGGAGCAGGUUUUCAUCUAUGUUUGGAUACAGAUGGCAGACUGAAACUUCCAAAACUACACUGAUUUUUUUUUGGGGGGGGGUGCCUCUUAGCGUACUUGAAUAUAUUUUUGACAUAAAGUGUUCUUUCUACUUGUCACUAUACAAUGCUCCAGGACACUAAGUACACACUGCUUCACCCAUUAUUUUAUUUUACUUCUUAAUAUUUAUAUACAACCCAAUAACAAAAGUUCUCCGGGAAUUUAUCAGUAAAUAAAUAAAACCAUGACAUGCAAAAAUGCAACCUAAAACUAGCAGCAGCAGGAAUAACAUUAGUACAAUGGAUCCAUCCCAUAAUACUUGUGUUCCGCAUUUGUAAGAAACAGUGUGGCAGCAUCUAAAAUUUGGAACUCCCUGCCUAUUGACAGCAGGCAGGUGCCUUCACUGCAUUCUUUUCAGUGCGUGGGUAUGUCAUUCAUAUACCCAGAUAUGUGAAUCUUGAUGUGUGUUUUAAUUUGUUUCAAUUUAUUGCUGUUUUCUUCAUGUUUAGAUAAUAGUUUUUAACCGUUUUUUACUGUUUUUUUGUUUUAUUCCCUUUGUAAACCUCUUGGAGGUUUUUAACAAUCAAGCAGUGUAUCAAUGUUAUAAAAUAAAUAAAGGUAAGGUAAAGGGAUCCCUGACCAUUAGGUCCAGUCGUGACCGAGUCUGGGUUUGCAGCACUCAUCUUGCUUUAUUAGCCGAGGGAGCCGGCGUACAGCUUCCGGGUCAUGUGGCCAGCAUGACUAAGCUGCUUCUGGCGAACCAGAGCAGCGCACGGAAACACCAUUUACUUUCCCGCCAGAGUGGUGCCUAUUUAUCUACUUGCACUUUGACGUGCUUUCGAACUGCUAGGUUGGCAGGAGCAGGGACCGAGCAACGGGAGCUCACCCCGUCGUGGGGAUUCGAACCGCCGACCUUCUGAUUGGCAAGUCCUAGGCUCUGUGGUUUAACCCACAGCGCCACCCGCGUCCCUAAAUAAAUAAAAGUACUAACGCAUAUUUAGAGUGAACACUAGGCAGCAGCCCAGGUUUCUAGGCUAGUGCCUACUUGCAAAGUAGGAGAAUUCACAAAAUUUUCAGAAACAGAUUAUCUAAUUUCUUUAUUCAUCACACAGGCAUAAGAAAUAAACACUGCUUUUUGUUUUUGUUUUAGGUAAUAACGGUGUACAGUAUGCCUGGCAUGGAUUCAGACUGGUUGAUGGGCGAACGAGGAAAUCAGAAGGGCAAAGUGCCUAUUACUUACUUAGAACUGUUAAACUGAAUAACUGGCCUGUAUAAAGACUGCCAGUUAUGGUGAGACCAUAUUUAUAUGCAAUUAACUUUAUAUAAAACAGGUUUAAGUGUCUUCCAUGUUAACAUCUUAAAGGAUGUGAAUACCAGCCAUUAGAAAUGGGCUUUUAUGCCAAUAUUCUUGCAUGGUAGAUACUCUUUUCAGAUCUAAGUUGUUUAAAAGCUUUUACUUUAUGUGCCAAGACUGUUUCUACAGAAUUUUGUUUCUACUGGAAUUUUCACUAAUAACAAACUUCUGCUUUUGAGUAAUCUAAACUGAAAAUGGGAGGUAUUGUUUUCUACAGAACUUUUCAUAAUGGCAAGCUUCUUCACCAACAAUAAAAUUGUUAAACAGUAAUUUCUUUUGCUAAACAAAUAUUUGAUGUUUAAUGUCUUAAAGGGCUAUGAUUAUAGUUAUGCAGCUGAAGAUUACACUUUUACUGAAAACAUUAAAUAGAAUUCUGAAAGGAAAUGCACAGCAUAAAAAGAGCCCUACUAGAGGGAUCAGAUUAAGGUGUGUUAAAUUGAGUUUUCUGUACUCACAGUAGCCAACCAGAUGUCUAUGGGCAGCACAAAAGCUGUUUGUGAUUAACCAGCAACUGGAAUUCAGAGACAAUUUGCCUCCCAAUUUUGGAGGUAGCACAAAACUUAGCUCCAUUUUAAAAUACACUUUAAAAAUCGGUAACUCCAAAUUUGUCCAGGUGUUAUUAUUCCAAAUAAUAGCUAAUAGAACUAUGCUGAUCCCCAUCAGAGCAUAAAUGGUGUAAAUACCACAGCUCCUAUACAGGUUUUGCUGUUGUUACCAUCACAGAUGAAAAUAUCUAGACCACAAAUUGUGCAUUCACCAACAUAACCUUUCAUUAUUUAUUUAUUUUGAAAAACUUUGAUUUAGAAAUAGUUCUUGAUUUUAUUUAUUUGCAAAAUGUAUUGUGUUCAGUCGUGUUAAAGCGCAACAGCAUACAACUGUCAUGAGUGGUUUGGAGAGGAACAGUGAAAAUUAAGUUUUAUUAAAUACCAUGAUUUGGAAAAGAAGACUUCCAACAUUUGAAGAACAUCGGCUAAUACAGUUGGUAAUCAAAACAUGUGAUGUCAUCAGCUGUAUCCAGUGUUGGUCCUACUCAGAGUAGGCCCAUCGAAAUUGAUGGACAUAACUGACUUAGGUGCAUUAAUUUCAAUGGGUCUACUUUGAGAAGAGUUGAAUGGAAACCUCGUAUGAUUAGAGGUGAGAGUUCCGUGUUAUUUGGGACUGCAAGAUACAUGCUUCUUAGCUAAGCCUUCUGAAAAGCAAUCCUCUGACUGAUGAGUGUGAGAGAUAGUCUUGAGCUUAGUAUAUAGGGAGGGAAACUAAUUGCUUGGCUUAUUGACUGAUGAAUUACUUCCAUGUAUGAAUUUGCCAGCGGUGAUGGAAGGAACUAAAUACUGAUCCCAGAGUGGAGAGACCUGCCUGUAUAUUGCAGUAAUUGGGGCAGAUGGAGAGGAGUAGCUGUUGCACAUUUCAGCUGUAGUUCAAAGCGUAAAAGACUUUUCCUCAAAAAAAGUAAGAACCUGAGAAAAGAUUCUGAAUAUUCAAGUAAGUUCUGUACAUUGAGGGAAAUCAGAAAUUGAAUUUGCACAUGCUACUGUACACUACUGGGCAUUUUGACAGGAGGCAUGCAGGAGUCAGAAAAUGAAGAACAACAGAAUCAGAAAGCUGGCUGAGUUAUCCUUUCAGUAGUUCAAAGAAAGUAUUCUGUAGUCUGCAUUUCUCCAUGACUAGCAGAAGCAGAAUAAACUAAAACAUGAAACUGUGCCUGACCUGCAACCUGUAUAGAUUAUUCAGAAUCCAGCUCUUCUUAAUGCAGAAUUUUGAUAAUAUUUUUAAUACCUAGUACAGCUCUGUACAUAAUCUGUCCUUAGAAUACCAUUUUUUUGUGCCAUUUUGGUAAAAACACACAAACUUUCCUAUGUGAGGUGAAAAAAACCAGCCUAUGACUAGUGUGUUGGAAGAGAGUUUGGACAGCAAGAAGGGAAUCCCAAUUUGUAGCACCUGUACUGGGGCUGCACACACACUCCCUCACCCACUAGACGUGGAGCAGCUAAAAAGGUUUUGAGUAUAUGCAAUUUUUGUGUGUACAUGGAACCCUCAGAACCAAACCCCUAUGUAAGGUGCAGGAUUACUGUAUACUGAAAGCUCAGCAGCUAAUGACAGUGUUCCCAGCUGUUCUUUGUUUAUAUUUGCUUUUUGGAAUAAAUAUGGCCAAUUUAUUAUGGACAAUAUAGGGUACAAUUGCAAGUGCAGCGAAAUCUUUUUCCAGGGUCUAUGACAUGAUUGCAUUUGCGGCUUUUGCUGUCAGUGAGAGAACACUGUUUGGGGCUGCGAUGCCCUUGCUUUCCUCUAGCUAUUUGUCAGAUUGUUUGGCAACCUUCACAGCACACUUCAAGGCAGCAGAAAACUUUUAAUGAAUUCUCACCUAACGCUUGUGGAAAAGUUAAAAAUGCUUUUCUUGAUUGUCUACUUGUGAUCCAGGUGUGCUGUACAAGGACUGGGAAGGGCAAGCUGGUAAGCCCUGAAUGAUUACCUGCUUAUAUCAAACUGGAUAUUGGUGUUCUCCUUGGCUACUUAAAAUAAAUUGUCUGAAUUGUGAACUCAGGCUCUCAAUGACACAUGUAUCUUGAAUAUGUGGUAUCACACCCAGCUGAGCUAUUGAAGCUUGUGGAACAAGUAUAU